GUCACACUCGUAUACAACGUUUACCCUCUCAUGGCCUCAGGAUUUAGCUACACGGGAGGCCGCUCACGGUGCUUUGCCUACUGGCAAGAAUUCUCGAAAUGCUAUGCAGAAGCAGAUACCCCUAGCCAAUGUCGCCUGCAGGCCGAUGACUACCUAGAGUGCUUGCACCACACGAAAGAGGUUGCGCGCGCAAAAACUGUCAAGGCAGAGUUUAUCAAGCAAGCCGAGCAUCAAGCCAAGGAAGGGCGUAAGGUGGCCGACGUGCUUGCGGACGGAGUCAUUGUCAGCGUUGGCUUGAUUCAGAGAGGCAAGAGCACGGAAAGCCCUAAGUAGAACAUUCCAUCCUCUCCUCACUUGGCAGCACGUAUUGCGCAAUCAGAAAAUCUUCACAAACGUUUACCAUGUGCCUCCGACUCUUGUGCCACAGUGCCUUUGACAUCGGAGCAUCAUUUCCUGCGAUGUACCAGCAUACUGCCAGAAAUGUUCUAUAAAACGGAAACUAA